CAAUGGCAUUUACGCUGACUUUUAUCUGACAAGCGACGCGACUGACGCAUCAGUUUCAUUUCCGGCUGUAAACAACAAACCAUCGACAUACGAAUUAAAGUGAUUAUGACUCGAAUAAACCGAAUGGUGAUAGUAAUACUGGAUAACAUCAGCCUCUGAUCAGAAAUCGUUGACUUUAAAGGUUUAAUUCAAGAUGUUGGAGGUAUUUACAGAGAGUGUAAGCGUUGCUUAUUAUGGCAAUACCAGUGUAUUUCCCACAGUGGACAACAGCUCUGAAAUCAUUCCAGACCAUGAGAUUAACAUCACAAAACCACACAAGUGUCUACAGAUACUUUAUGAGGAUAUUGGAAAUUCCAGGGUUCGAUUCUGGGACCUAAUGCUGCUGAUCCCGAAUGUGGCGUUCUUGAUAUUCCUAAUGUGGAAACUUCCUUCUGCUCGUGCUAAGAUCCGCCUCACCUCCAGCCCCAUCUUUGUGGCAUUCUAUAUACUGGUGUUUGUAGUAGCUGCAGUGGGCAUCACACGUGCUAUAGUGUCCAUGACAGUAAGCACAUCCAGUGCCGCCACCCUCAUAGAUAAGGUGCUUUGGGAAAUCACGCGCUUCUUUUUAUUGGGUAUUGAGCUCAGCGUCAUCAUACUCGGAUUGGCUUUUGGUCAUCUGGAGAGUAAGUCCAGUAUCAAGCGUGUGUUGGCUAUCACUGCAGUCCUGUCUCUGGCUUAUUCCAUCACACAGGGAACUCUGGAGAUCCGUUACCCAGAUAAACAUCUCUCAGCCAAAGACUUCAACAUCUACGGUCAUGGUGGGCGGCACUUCUGGCUAGCCAGUUCCUGCUUCUUUUUCCUGGUGUAUUCUCUGAUUGUCAUUCUUCCUAAAACUCCACUCAGAGAGAGAAUCUCAUUACCAUCCAAGAGAAGUUUUUAUGUGUACGCCGGGAUCCUGUCCACACUGAAUCUGGUUCAGGGGUUAGGCAGUGCUCUGCUCUGUGCUGACAUUAUUGAGGGCCUGUGCUGUGUUGAUGUGACCACAUUCCUGUACUUUUCCGUCUUUGCUCCUCUGAUCUACGUGACAUUCCUCAAAGGAUUCUUUGGUUCCGAGCCAAAGAUUCUCUUCUCCUACAAGUCGCAGAUAGAUGAGCCAGAGGACUCUGAUGUCCACCUGCCCAACACUUCCUCAUCAGGUCUAGGCAGGAAAGAUCUGGAUCGUGGGUCGUACUCCAGCACGCAGAUCGACGGCUCUGGAGCGUACCUGGACGACGUGGUGUCUGGACCGUUUGGAGCAGGAAACAGUAUCAAUAGCAUUGACAGCGAUCGAUGGAGAAGUCUCAAUGCUUGAGAGAGAGAGAGAGAGAGAGAGAGAGAGAGAGAGAGAGAGAGAACAUUUUAAACGUGACCUCCAGAUGACUCGUAUUGUUUUACCAGCUGAAGAGUUUGACGUGCCGUGGAUUCAGUCUGUCAUGCACGACCUUUCAAUUUUUCUGCCACAGUUAGUGCCCCGUUGUUUAAAAGUUCAUUUCAUUGUAUUCCAUUUUCCAUUUUAGCAUUCCUUUUUUUAUAACUCCGGUGCUCUUAAUUUCACAUCUGUGUCCAUCACAGCUCUCUUAGAGGCACACUCAAGACUUUGAAGUACAUAAUCUUAUAAGAUGAUAAUCGAUUGCUGAUCAUUUAUAUGUUCAACAUUUCAGGCUGGGUUAGAUACUCUACUGGCACCAGCGGAAGUGCUCAUUUCGAAAGUUUAUUUUCUGCCGCAGGGGUUUUCGUGCACUCAGAAACACUCAUUAGUCCACAAUUUUGUUUGAGAAUUCUACACUAAUUAUGUGUCCGAGUGUUGGUGCGUAUCAGUUCAAAGGCUUCAGGACUGAAAUCCACCCUGGCUUUGUUUACGUUUAUAAAAUCAUUUAUUUCCAGAUCCUGGUUAGAUUUAAAUUGUAUUUUUGUCUUUGCGUUUUUAUUUAUUUUAGUGAUACGUUAAAUUUGGUUUUAGCCUGUUAUUAAGGGGGAUGUCAGUUCGCACUGAAGCUCAGUUUAAUCUGUGUCUUGUUCUAACUGACUGGAACUAAAUGGAAUUGACUUCUGAA